GCCGCCCCCGCCGGCCGCCCUGCGCCCCGCCCUGCCGCCGGCACGGGGCCAUGGGCGGCAGCGGCUGAGGCGGCCCGAGCGGCGCGGAGCGAAGUGAAGCGAAGCGCCGGGCGGGACGCGGCGCCGCCGCCGCUUUGGCGGGAGCGGCCGCGGGGCGGUGACUGGGUGCGGAUUCCCCGGCCCCGCUGAAACCGGCCCGGGGGGACUUCGCGGCGGACGCUUGUGGCGGCCCGAGCGCCGCGCCCUUCCCCUGCCCCAUGUCGGCGUGGCUCGGCCGGGCGGCGCUGCUGCUGGGGCGGCCGGGGGGCCCCGGCGCUGCCGGCGCACCCUCCUCCUGCCUGGGCUCGCUGCGGGGCCCGCCGCGCUGCUGCUGCCGCCGCCGCCUGGGCAGCCUGCGGGGCGGCGCCGAGGGGCAGCUCCUCCCGCGGGGGUCUGCGCCGCCCGGGAGGGCGCUGGGCACCCACCCUAAGAAGGAGCCGAUGGAGGCGCUGAAUACGGCACAGGGAGCCCGCGACUUCAUCUACAGCCUGCACUCCACCGAGCGGAGCUGCCUGCUGCGGGAGCUGCACCGCUUCGAGUCCAUCGCCAUCGCCCAAGACCCCAUAUCAGCUAGGGGAAGCUGUCAGCAAUAUGGGGAGACCUGGGCACAUCAAGAACCAAACGGGGCCUGUCCCUCAGCCCAUUCCCAGCCCCACCACCAGAAGGAUGCAGUUCCAUCAACUAAUCGCCCUAGCGCGAAAUAUGACAGGACACACUAUCUGUGGCCUCCGCUAAUGGCAGAGGCUGCAGGGAAACCCAGCCUUAGCUGCGGCAGCUACGCCGAAGGACGGUCCUCAGAGAAGUUGGAGGUUGCACCACCAUCUCCAGGACAACUGAGACAUGUGUUCUUCCACAAUGCAUUACCUUUUGUAGGGUUUGGAUUUUUGGAUAAUGCAAUUAUGAUUGCUGCGGGAACGCAAAUAGAAUUGUCAAUUGGAGUUGUCCUAGGAAUUUCAACUAUGGCAGCUGCUGCUUUGGGAAACCUUGUUUCAGAUUUAGCUGGACUGGGCCUUGCAGGUUAUGUAGAAGCUUUAGCUUCACGACUGGGCCUGUCAAUCCCUGACCUGACACCCAAACAGGCCGAUAUGUGGCAAACGCGUCUCAGUGCACACCUGGGCAAAGCUAUUGGAGUGACCAUUGGCUGCAUUUUAGGAAUGUUUCCUUUGUUGUUCAUUGGCGAUGAGGAAGAAAAACUGGAAGAAAAAAAUUAACCUUUUUACAAGACAUAUACAAAUGUAAACUACUGUACCUCAAUUAUUCAAUUACGCUGUCAAUAUUUAGGAAUUAACAGACAGUAAAAAAUGUAUAGACUUGGGAACAAAACCUUCAGCAUGUCGUUUUAUGGAAACACUAAUUUAUUGUGGCUUUGUUGUGUUCAGUACUUAUUUUUAUAAGAUAUCAUCUAACUUUUUAUUUAAUUGUAAAUUUUUGAAGUGUUUUCACUUAUGGCAACUGAUGUUUACCACUCUCCCCUUUGACCUUAUUCUUGAAUGGAUUAUUACUUUAAUAAUCCGCCGUGGAUGACAGCAUCACUCGAGUUGCAUAUUGGUUGCUUAACAGUUGUAACUGCAUGACAAAUCUCACUGCUGUUCAUCAGGUCCUUCAAUGCAGAUUAUUCAGGAGGUCAGUGAUGUGAAGUCCUUCACUUUGCAGGGUGACUGGUUGCCCCCCCAGCCAUCAUUUUGCACGACCUUUAGAUAUUUCAGUGACCUACGACAGUCUAGUUUGCAGUUUUUUCACUGUCUCUGAAUUGUAUUCUGAGAUGAUCAUUUUAAUGCUUUGACAAGGUAAGUGUUUCCAGUGCAGGCUCCCUACCAAGUCCAUUUUGAAGUGGUGUUUUAACACCUUCUCUACUUUCAUAUUUGUGCCUUUUUUUUUUUCUCCUUUGUAAACAAUAUUUUGAGAAUUAAGUUGAGAGAUCCUUAAAGUUGUCAUCCUGUGUUUUGAGUGUGGCAUUAAAGAAUUCAGACCAACUGUUUCAAAACCACAACCAACUUUUUCUGUUGUUCUGCUUAAAAUGAGGUGUGGAUAGUUGAUGGGGUGGCUGAGGCUGGGGAACACUUCAGGGUAUGAAGGAUUGCUGGCAUUGCAAGUUCAUAAUGGGUGGUUCAAUUGAAACAAUAGUGUGGCAUCAGUCUGGAUUAGAGGACCUGAUUUGCAGAUUAUAACUUUGUAUUUUAAGAUUAAACCUUUGCUAUUUUUUUUUUUUUUAAAUUUUUGCUGUGAGACAAUUAGUAAAAAAACCCCAAGCAACAAGAAAGGAGACGCAAGGCCUUUUUACUUUUUUUGCCUUUUAUUUUUGCAGUCUUACUUGGUGCAUUAUGGAUCUGACAGCUCAGUCACAUGUAACUGCGCUUUUUUUAUAUGGUUAUGAAUAAAUUGAUUACAACUAUCAAAUAUUCUUAAUAUUUCAGGAUCUGACUUGCCAGCGGCAUAAUGCUAAACUGAUAACUCUUACUUAAAAGAGAGGGUUUCUUAUCUGCUUGAAUACCAUUUGGAGAAGACACUAAAUAGAGAGGCACUGGGCACUUUGGAAGUUUUAGUGCUGGAAUUGUUAGCACCUCUCAAGUCCCAAAUGACUUUUAUUUGCUGUAGGAAAGCCUUAUUGUAACAUGUAUGUUUUAUAUAGCUCAUUGCUUAUGUCUCGGUCAUAAACCAGAUUUCUCUGUGUUCAUUUCUAGCAGCUCUUUAACAGCAGUACUGAACUUUGACAUCAAGCUUUAAUGAAGGUGACAGUGUUGUAUCUGGGUUUGGAAAAGCAGACUGUGAAACCUUGCAGUGAGUACUUGUAGUAGCCUUUACUGUACUCUGUAAAUGAAACCAUGAGAAUCUGGACCAAACUGUAAAACUGAAAGAAAUCUCAGCCGGACAAGAAUAGAACUGUAAUGCGGAUGAGUUUUGGAUUGCAUUUUCAAAGCUGGAAGCUUCAUUAGAGGAAAACAAAACAAACCACACAUAAUAAAAAACCCCUCCAACUAGAAAAAGAGAAAAAAAGAACCACAAAACCCACUAUUUCUAGAAAAUGAUGCACUCUUUCCCCAACAGAUUGCUGCUGGUUUACAGUACUUCAGUGAUUUUUCUUUUUAAUCAUCCACUCAUUUGUCUUGCCUUAAACUCUAACUUCACUGCCUCUGUAUGUACUUUUAUUUCUGUUAUGUUUCUAUACAGAGCUCUAAGUAUUUCCCAUGUGUUCUUUUUUUUAAACUGAUGUACACAUUAAAACAAUUUUGUGUAGCUUUUUUUGUAGCUGUUUUUGCAGUAGUUCCAACACUGUUUCCCAUUACGACACUGGCAUCUUCAUUGGAAUCUUCCAGUAGAGGCCUCAGCUCUCUGCUUUGCCAUCAUACCAACUGGAACGCUGUUUUCAUCACGUUUUUAGAGCUCAUGAGAACAGUCAGGAGGCUCUGUCAGCUCUCAUAGUUAAUGUUUAUUUUUUAAUUGCAAAUAGGAGAGACCCUGUACUAUUGUUAAAUAGCUUGUGCAUGUAAACUGAGUACAUUUUGUUGCUGUAUGUCAAACUUGUAACUGCAAACAGUGCUUUUAUCAAAAAAAUUAAUGAACUAAAAUAUCUUCAAAGAAAUUAAUCAUGUGUUGUCUUGUUAAACUGUUCAGCUGACCACGAGAAUGUGGAGGGCAAGUGACACAUGGUAAGAAAUCUUGGGUGUUUCAGGCUGUUGUCUGGUAUUGUAAUGAAGACGGUGAGUUCUGGGGUUUCAGUAUCUGACAAACGUGGAGAUGUAAGUUGUGAUUUGAGAGGAAUGGUGGCUCUGCUGGAAGCUGAAAGUGGGGUCACUUGCUUUAUCUCCAGGAUGCGAUCGCUGCUUCGUGUGCAGUGGCAAUGCUGUGCCUGGGCUGUACCCGUCUCCUCAUGAGGAGAGUGGGGUUUGCUUUAGUUUUGUUUUGUUUUCCUGGGUUAUACAGCGGAAAUUAAUCCCUGAUGCUCUGAUCACACUUUUAAAUACUUAAAUUGGAAGACAGGGAACUAACAAAACACUCCACUUUGUUUUCUGUUGACUUAUCUCUGCUUGAUAAAAGGAAAAGCAAACACUAACAGGCUUAUUCAGAGACUUCAGUAUUGCUUGGUUUUUUUUUAUUCUAUCAGUUUGUCCUAUGUUAACAGGAAUUUUUCACAUUAAAGGGCUGGUAGACCGGAAAUUGUGUUUAUUUUAAAGUGCUGUCUUUUAUUGUAACUUAAAAUAGAAAUGUAUUUUUGACUGUACGUUAUCUCUAGGGACAAACAACAUACAUCUGAUAAGAUGGUUACCCAAAUCUUCUCGCCAAUAUUUUCUCAUUCAUGUACUUUUACAUAAAUUAUUUGAAUUCGACAACAUAUUUUGUAUUGUCUUCAAUUAAAUUGUUGAACUUUAUGUAAACGUUUGUACUACAGCAAAGCUCUUCUGUGUUUCUUUAUUAGACCAGAUGCUGGAGGGGAAAUGUUAAUAAUAUCCUGUGGGUAUUCAACCUCACUUAAGGAAACAGGAAUUUAUUAUUUAAGUUAUCAACAGGUGGUUCUUUGUCACUGUCGUAGGAGAUACCUCAGUGGAGUGUCACUUCUGUCUCUUGAUGCUUGAAAGAGUGAUUUAAACAAUUAAAAUGCUUGCAUGGUAAAUUAGCGGUGUUUGCAAUUGCUAUUAGUAAGAAGUCCACUUGCACGUGAACUUCUGGAAUUAACUGAGUUUUUGUAUGCAAACUAAGCCUUUUUGAACUUUCGAGCUCUUAAUUUUGUUUCCCUCCUCGGUCAGUCCCUUUUGUGGAUGUCUGAGCAUGAAGAAAUGCUGUGAGUAAAACCUCUGUACUGGGAGGAUGGUCUCGUCUCACUUUGGCAGCCUGUCAGCCUGUAUGGGUGGUUGUUGUUUUACUCUCUUCUGAUUGCAUUCUGUAUUAGAACUCUUCAUUAGUGUUCAGAGAGUCUAUUGCACUGCUAGCCAACACAUUUCCCUCUUCCCUCUUUUAUAUGGUCUAGUGACAAGCUGACAGAGCAACAGUAUAUAAACUGAAGACCUUAAUAAAGUAUUGAGGAAUUAUCA